AUGUCCCCAUCUGCUGCUUUCGGUCUUCUUCUCUUGCAUUCCGUACUUUGGAGCAUCGCCUCCGCGUAUACUAUCGAUGCGAGCUGUAACGCAAACCUAGAUUUCGUCAAGAACAUGGUCGCAGCAGGUUUCGGGCUCGUCCAGUCCGCGUACGACGCUGUCGCCGUCCAAGACAUCAACAACGUCGACGACGAGGUCAAAGACCUGAUGAAGUGGCUCUUCACCCCGUCUGAGAACUAUGAACUUGCUCAGGCUGAACUUGCUAGGGUCUACAAUAGGAUCAACGAUUGGGCACAGGAGGGAGAUAGCGCGUUUCCGAACGUUGAGUUCUACUGCGACACGAACCGAUUCGAAAAGCGCACAAUCACUGAGCAGGGGCAACCAGCCGAGGUCGUCUGGGUAGACAAGGUUAUGUCCCCACCAGGCUCUGGCCAAGCGAAACGUCACAUGGCCAUUGUGAGAGGCGUCAACGGGGGCUCCUAUAAUCCGGAGGAAGAAUGCAAGAAGUUUGGUGUUAGUCGACAUAUGUCGGACUGGGGCAAGCAGGCCACGCUGGCCAUAACGAUGAACAUGCCUAGCACCACUCAGAUCCAAAUCUGCCCAUGGUUCCUAGACUAUGUCAACGAGAAAGCAUUCAAGGACUCUCAUUCUUGGAAGACGUGGGGAGUGGGGAAGGUGGCAAGGCUCGUAAAGUUGAAAGAGAGGAUCCUCGAACGCGAUUUUACAAUGGCGGAUACCAUAUUUCUUUUCGAUAAGCUGAUAGCGCAUGAGCUUGCUCACGCCCACAAUGACAGAAUCAUAGACGUUGGAGAUUGGGAAGGUUACGGUUGGAGAAACUGUUUGAGAAUUGCCCAAGUCGAAGCAAAUGAAGUCAGAUCAGAAGACAGAUCGGCCUGGGUGCUAGGCCCAUAUUCGAACGCUGACUCGUUUGCCCUAUUCGCCUCCGCAAUCAAUGCAAGGGGUCAAGGCUUCCGGUUCUACGAAGAUGGCACGGUCGAUAAGCCCGAUGUGGCCGGCCCUAGUAAAUGA